CAGGGCGUUCUCAGAGGAGCGGAGAGGGCGGGAGUGGACUAGCGGCCUCUAGAGUCGGCCUCGCUGGCUCUCUCAGCGGGGCCAGGGGACUCGGAGGAUGCGGAGAUCCCGGCAUGCAGCGGGGCCUAACGGGAGCUCCGAGCUCCCGGAAACGGCUCCCACUCUGUGGUUUCUGGGUCCUGUCCAGCGCGGCGGUGGGCUCUGAAGGUGCUGAAACUCGCCGACGUGGCUUGGGCUCUUCCCGUGCUUACCUCUGCCUCCGGAAGUCUAAUCUAGCCGAGAGGAGGCGGUGGACCAGAUUUUUCACAAUUGAGAAUAGCAAAGUGAAGCAAGAUGUCUGUAGAUCCAAUGAUCUAUGAGGCCCAGUUCUUCGGCUUCACACCACAAACUUGCCUACUGAGGAUCUAUAUUGCAUUUCAAGACUACCUGUUUGAAGUGAUGCAGGCUGUUGAACAGGUUAUUCUGAAGAAGCUGGAGGACAUUCCAGACUGUGAGAUUAGCCCUGUCCAGAUUCGUAAAUGUACAGAGAAGUUUCUUGGCUUCAUGAAAAAACGUUUUGAUAAGCUUUUUGGCAAAAUGGAGCAGCUCUUUUUGCAGUUAAUUUUGCGUAUUCCCCCAAACAUCCUGCUUCCUGAAGAUAAAUGUCAGGAGAUGCAUCCUUUUAGUGAAGAAGAAUUCCAGCUUCUCAAAAAGGAAAUUGAAGAGUUACAGGAGAAGUAUAAGACUGAACUGUGUACGAAGCAAGCCCUUCUUGCAGAACUAGAAGAGCAAAAAAUUGUUCAAGCCAAACUCAAAGAGACCUUGACUUUGUUUGAUGAGCUUGAAAAUGCUGGCAGGGAUCAUGGAACUAGUGAUUUUAGGGAGAGUUUGGUGUCCCUGCUCCAGAACUCCAGAAAACUCCAGAGCAUUAGAGACAAUGUGGAAAAGGAAAGCAAAAGACUAGAGAUGCCUUAAUUUCUCAGUAAUAGAAAGAAUAUAAAAAAGUAAGAUUUUGUUUCCUCCUAUAUUUUCCAACUUUUUUAGGUCCACUUUUCUGAAGUAUUUAUGUACUACCUUGAAAUAGUCUUGGAAGCAUCUGUUUAUUAGAGACCUCCAAUAGGUGGAAGGGGGUUCUUUAUUCAGCAGCAGCUUAUUUGGGGCUAAGGAAGUGAAGCUAUAAGCCAGAUACUUGUAAGGGUAUACCUUGGUCAUGAGCACUCUGAUCUUCCUUUAGACUGAGACCAAGUGAGAAAAGGGCUAAACAGGUGACUUCUUUAUCACACUAGGAGCGGCUGACACAGUGUUUGCCUCUGCUAGAACUGUGCUUACAUGAGGAAGUUGAUACCUGGUUGGAAGAAGGAAGUGGCAUAAACAACAUUGGUCUUUGGUAGAGAAGAUUUAUUUCCAAAAUAAAUCUCUCCAGUGGACAAGCCCUGAUGGUGUUAAGAGUUAGCCUUGGAGUCCAGCAGGAGAAGACAUAGGACCAAAGCAGAUCCCACUGCAGAAGAAAAGAAAACUUGGCCAUACAUACCCAGGAAUGAAAUUUUUUUUUUUUGACUCUUGGGUUUUGUAUCAAUUUAUUCACUGUUGUAAGCAUCAUCAAAUAUGUAAUGUGCAACAGUUCAGCAGAAACAGCAGUAAUUGCUUUUAAGGUAUCACUUAUCUUCCAUGUCUUUCUAAAGAACAGGAUCUAUCUGGAAUUUGUUCCUUUUGUAUAGAAGGGACAAUUUAAAGUAUCAAUAUUUGUAAUUAGAUAGUCACAGACUUAGAAAACCUGUGUUUAUUGUUAUAAAGUCCUGUUUUAGUCCUGUACAUGAAAUAAACAUGCCUUAAAAGCUUUGGA